AUGAACAUGCCGUUUCCAACAUUGAUGCCUCGUAUGAUAGACCCUAAAUGGUUUAAUGCCGACAGCCCUUGCGACGAAGACGCCGAGCUUACAAGUCUGGAGCAAGAAUAUAGUUACAGUUUGACUUCGAUCGGUCAGAAGUUUAACAAAAGGGCCCCACUUGGUAAAUCUGAUCAGGAACCCAUGGAAGAAGAAGCAGAAUCUGAUGAAGAAGGUAAUGAUGAAUCUGAUGACACAGAGGAAUCUCACGAUGAAGAUGAAGAGCUCAGAACCUCUUACACUCCUCCUCGUAAUAACAAUGAUGUCCCAACCGACUCGGCAGAUGAUCUUCAACUUCCAGAUGCAAAUUCUUUAGAUCAAAGUGCUGUAUGGCCCCAUCUUAGAAGUUAA